UCGCGAGACGGAAGUGAAUAAUUGUAGUCAUUCAAAACCCCUGACAUGACAAAUCAAACUGAGCUGUGAAACGCAUCUUCUCCUCUAAAUAAGAAGACAGGUUUCCCCAGGACUCUCCUCAGCCAUCAGCAACCAUGCACGGCCGUGUGAAGGUUAAAACUACCGUCCAGCAGGAGGAGGAGAAGAGAAAAGAGCGUGAGAAGAAGCUGAAGAUAUAUGUGGCUGCACGCGAUGCCAUCUUCUCUAAGAGGAAGGAUGGUGUUUUUGACGAAGAGGCUCUCCAGCUGACUCAGGAGCUCCUAUCAUCUAAUCCUGACUUUGCAACCCUCUGGAACUACAGGAGAGAAGUCCUAAUGAACCUGGAAACUGUCAAAGAUCCUGAUGACCUGCAGAAGAUUUACGAGGCUGAGCUUUUAUUUGUGGAGUCUUGCCUCCGCAUCAAUCCAAAGUCGUACGGCAGCUGGCACCACCGAGGUUGGGUCUCGGCCCGUUUGCCUAAACCAGAUUGGGCCAGAGAGCUGAGCCUGUGUGAUCGCUGCUUGAGCCUUGACGAACGCAACUUCCAUUGCUGGGAUUACCGGCGACUGGUCGUGAAGAUAUCUGGCGUGCCAGUGGACCAGGAGUUGGAGUUUACCAAUCGUCUCAUCGGAUCCAACUUCUCCAAUUACUCCAGCUGGCACUACCGCAGCACCCUGCUGCCGCUGUUACACCCAGAGUCUCCCGAACUGCCCUCCCCGUGUCACCAGCCUCCUCGAUCCUCCCCUCCGCCGUCUCCACAAACCCACUCCCACCGUGUCUGCGAAGAGCAGCUCCUCAAAGAAUAUGAACUCGUUCAGAAUGCUUUCUUCACCGACCCCAACGACCAGAGUGCCUGGUUCUACUAUCGCUGGUUAUUAGGCAGAGCGGAGCGCGAAGAGAUGAUAAGCUGUGUGUACGUCAGCCGGGAGGAGGAGAGAGUCGCUGUCGCCUUCUCCAGGCCUGUCAAUGCGCAGUCCGUCGGCCUGCUCCUGGUCCUGGACGGCAAACCUCAGAGAGUGGAGUGGAGCAGUGUCCACCCACGCUUUAAACACAGUCCUGUCUGGAUCUGCGACCUCCCUCCUGGAACCAUUAACGACAUCGCUAACGAGCACAAUCUGACGGUGCACUGGACUGAAAAGCACACUCACCGGGACUGUGCUCUUUAUACAGGUCGAACUGAGAGCUGGUGCCGGGACACGGCCACCGAUCAGGAACUUUUCAGGAGCGAACUCUCAGUGGAGAAGACGUCAGUGUUGCAGUCGGAACUACAGUCGGUCAAGCAGCUGCAGGAACUGGAGCCACUUAACAAAUGGUGCUUACUGACCAUCAUCCUCCUGAUGAGGGCACUAGACCCUCUGGGAUACGAGAAGGAGACACUUGCUCACUUCCAAACACUCAAAGAGGUCGACUCCAUGCGCUCUGCAUAUUACAGCGACCUGUGCAGCAAGUUCAUGAUCGAAAACACGAUCCUGAAAAUGGAGUACGCUGAAGUGCGGGUCUUCAGUAUUUCUGACCGGAACCUGACCACUUUAUGCCACCUGGACCAGCUGUUACUGGUCACUCAUAUCAAUCUGUCCUCCAAUCAGCUGCAGCGCCUGACUCCUCAGUUUGCUAUGUUGCAGUGUCUGGAGGUCCUGGAAGCUGAUAACAACUCUAUUGAAAACCUGGAGGGAAUCUUUCACCUUCACAAACUGGAGGAACUCUCCUUGAAGAAUAAUAAAAUCUCUGCCGUGGCGGAUCUCCAGCCUCUGGCCUCCUGCCCCAAGCUGAAGCGCCUUGAUCUCCGGGGCAACCCCGUCACUCACACGGCCAACGUGGAGUCUGCGUUAGCCGAGCUGCUGCCCUCGGUCACGGACCUGCUGCUCUGAUCAGACGGAGGGCAGGAAUCACUGCCGUCCCCGUCCCCGUCCCCGUUGUUCACUCGUCCUCUGCUGUGUUUGGCUGUGAAAUGAGCAAGUGGGUGUUUUUAUUAUUGUUUUUAUUUUUUUUUUAAAGUGUCUUGCAUACCUGUUCCUUUUUCAUCGUGUUGUUGUUGUUUUCUCUUUGGGGGAGAAUGUAAGUCACAGCUAACUUUGAGGCUCAGGCAGCCUGACACUUUUGGGCAUAUGUCAGAAACCCAUCUAACACUUCACCCACGGGCUCUGUGUUGAUGUGCGUGUGCGAGCGAGUGCAUACUAACCAACAUUUUGUUUCCUCGUGUACAUGUGUGUGAAUGUCCUACACAAAAAUGCAUGCAGAAACAUUGAUUAGAGCAAAUCAGAUAGGGGUGGGAAUGCAGCAUUGCUGGUUUAUUGCUUCCAUGGGAUUUAACGGAUGGAUGAAGAGAGCGUCACAUACUGUAGUUCUCAUAUACAUCUUUAGGAGAUUGUGUAAAGCAGCUCAACUAUGACAUUACUCUGUUGCACAGUAACUCACUGAUCCAUGAAUAAAUGGCACAUGUUGUGUCACUGCCUUCCAACA